GUCUUGCUCACUGGAUCUACUUCAGCUAUAAGUUUCCAAAAAAGUUCUCAACUGCAGUCUUUUAGGGUGGCUGAUCAGGAAUCAGGUCAAUCUUUGCUCUUUCAGUAAGUCUUAAGGUCACAGGCUAUACAGAGACAGGAUGAUAAGAUUAAACUGUGAGUGAGUCUUUAUGUAUUUAUGGUGGGUGGUUAUUAAAUAAACUUAAACUGAUAAAAAAAAAAGUCAGCAUCUCCACCCUGUUUAUUCCUGGAGUAGGUGGAGCAAUACAAGGAGAAGAUGCUGGAAGCUGUAAAUGUUUAUGAGCGUCCGUCUUCAGGAGGAUGUUACCUAUCGGGAACUGUGGCAUCAUCAAAGUAUAAAUAAAGGUGAGAUCACUGCCUGCCACCAGAUCCAAAGAGGCAGCUCAGAUGAACAGAGAGAUGCUUCAGCCUCCUGUUGCCUGAUGUCUGGUAAGUCAUAACAGCUGUUAUAGUUGGUGUGUGUGUGUGUGUGUGUGUGUGUGUGUGUGUGUGUGUGUGUGUGUGUGUGUGAUGUAUUGCCAGGUAAUAGAAGAUGGUUAGCUGCAUGCAGAGACCCUGUGACUGUGAAGCAUCAUUUGACGUGGAAUUAGGUGUCUAGGAAAUCAAACUACCAAUAACUGACCUGAGGUCACAAUAACACCAGAACAUUGAACAAACACAUACAUUGAACACAUGUACUUUACAUCAACCAGAGUUUAAGUCCUGUGUUUAGCUGUGCUAUGCUACGUAAGCCCAGUUCAAUGUUACCAGUCUUUGAAGAAAAGGUGCAGGAGAAGGUUGGAACUCCAGUGUUGAACAAGCUGUUCUUCCUGUGAAGGUCUGAUGAAAGUCAGCAGAGGAGGAAACAGUUCACUCCUUUCCUUUGCAGGAUAGCAGCUCGGUGCUAACCUGCUUGGUGUUCCUCAAAUGUGAAGUUGGCUGGUCAGCUUUGUGUCGCAGCUACUGGUGCUCACUGAUCUGGAAUACUGGCAGGACCUCGUGUCGCUGCAGUGAGGAGAAGUUCUUUGGGCCUGUUGCAAAUGCAGCUUGCAGCUCUCAACAGCUGUCAGACCAGAAGAAGAGAUCACGAGAGCAGGCAGCCCCGUGGGGGAGGUGGAGAAGAGAGCUUGAGGAUAAGAAGUAGUUCAGGGCGUGGAGCGAGAGAGGAAGAAUAAGCAAAGCAAUGGAGCAAUUUUAACUGUCUAGUCUGUCACUCUGACCAAUAGCGGCUCAAAGCUGAAUUUUGCACCUAGGUGUGAAGACUUGAUGGUGAAUUCUGGGACACUGAGUUUAGUUCAGAGUCCAUUUUGAAAUCCACAAUGAAUGACUUCAUCUGUGGGUCCCAACAGAAUGGAUUCAGAAGUACAACUUUUAUUCAUUACUGCUUUAUUAAACAAAAAAUGUGUAAAUUUCCUUUAGGUUCAUGAAGAGGAGCCGAGGAACAUCAGACCACAAAUGAUGGACGUAGAAGACGACAGCUCAGUCCUUUCCAGCUUUCUCUCCAAACUUGGGCUGGAGGAUUUUUAUCCCAACAAGCUCACUCUUCGGUCCUUUUUGGAGAUCAACAAAAACAGCCUCUCUGAAGGGGUUGUUUCAUCAGUGAAGGAAAUACCUUGGUGUUUUCUCAGAAAACUGUUUAAAAUCAAUGCAGAAUGUAGAAGCUGUACACAGUUAUCAAACAAUGAUGAUGACGAGGAUGAUGAAAAUGAUCCCCUAAGCCUGGAUUGUUACACUGCAGGUGACUCUGCAGAUGAUAAUAUCAACCCUCUGGACCUCACAGUAGCACUCUUCCUUUGUGCUGACAGCUGUCUGCAACAGGAAAUGGCCCUCAAGAUGUCAAUGUGCCAGUUUUCUGUCCCACUGCUGUUGCCGAAUGGCCAAAACACUCACAGUACACUGAUGCUGUGGGCUCUGAGAGACAUUGUCAAAGAGUGGCGUCCACAUGAUUUGGCUGAAUCAAGAGGGUUUGUUGAAAACAACAUUGUCCAAGCAGAUAUACCAGUCUUUUCCUUUGUGAGGCUGAAGAACUGCAGUUUAUCCAAGUCUCAAGUUUUGAAUCACAUUGUCAGUCGUGGCCAGCAGAACCAUACAAUGUUCAUACACAGAGAAAUGGAGGGAGGAGCACAUGCAAGAAAAAUUGCCAAUGGUUUGGUAGAGGUUUGCUGGUUCCUUCCCGAUGGUAACAGUAAUCUUGACAGAUUUCCAAAACCAGUUGCCUUCGCCAAUCUGAGAGGAGACAUUGGUCAGUCAAUUACACAAUUCAGUUUCCUUUAUGAAGUGUCAACUGCUACUUUUGUAUUUCUUGACAAAGUUGAAGAAAAUGAGCACAAGAUUCUGACUUCUCUUCAAGAUGUGAAAUCCAAACUGUUCUUGGUUGUUAACCACAAGGCAGAGAAUGCAAAAGAGGACAUGAAAUCUGUUGAGGCAACAAUGGAAGAGUUAGAGCUACCAAACAGAAAUGUGAAAGUCAAAAAAUCAAGAAUAAAUGUAGCAGAGUUUUCAAAGAAACUUUGCGAACUCAUCAAGCCACGCCUAUCUGAUGCAAAAUCCAUAAUAAGGAUUGAAAAUAUGCCUGACAAAGCAGUUGAUCUUGGUCUGUCUGUGGACGAAAGCAAAACUGACAAACAAAGGAAAUCAGCUGAGGAGGUCAUUAACAGCAUUGGGAAGCAAAGUAUACCAGUCUACAAGAUCCAACAACUUGCUUUGCAAGGAGAUAACUGGAAAAAGUUAUCAAAGUUAGAAUGUAAUGAAUGUAGAAUGAAAGACGCUGGUGACUCCAACCUCGAAGAUUAUAAAUCUCAGCUGCAGGCAGAAAAACAAAGAAUCAGGAAGGAGCAAAGUCAACUAAAACCAUCCACAGCAAUGAGGAGUUUCAUUGAAACUUUAUCGACAAGUGACAAAGAGAGAAGAGAUUUUUUCCUUAAGUGGAUGAAAUUCAAGUUAAACACAGAUUCUCGGGACAAACUUACUGAACUCCGUAACAGAUUUAAAGAGCAAUGUCAGAAAAAAGAUGUAAAACUCAUAGCAGAGUUGGAUCGGGCUUUGGUGGAUAGCUCUUUGGGAAUAGAGCAUUACAUGAGAGAGAUGGGACUGAUCUAUGAGUUCUCCUCACAGUCAUCAAGCCCUGCUGAUAAAGUGUCUCAUCUCCCUGGUUUGGCUGCUGAAAUGCUCCUGGAUGGACAUCCUUUAGAGCUCUUGGAUGGAGAUGCUUCCAACAUUCCAGAGAGAUGGGUGACAGAUGUGCUCAUGGAGCUUCACAGGAAGGUUGGACAGAGGAGCAAACUGUUGGUAGUGACUGUGUUGGGUGUUCAAAGCUCAGGGAAGUCAACACUCCUCAACACCAUGUUUGGAGUACAGUUUACUGUCAGCAGUGGAAGAUGCACAAGAGGAGCCUACAUGCUCUUCCUCAGAGUGGGUGAGGAUAUGCGAGAAGAGCUGAACUAUGACUUCAUUGUCCUCAUUGACACAGAAGGUCUGAAAUCUCCUCAGUUGGCUCAACUAGAGGACAGUUAUGAGCAUGACAACCAACUGGCAACUUUUGUCAUUGGUUUAAGUGACAUCACCAUUAUCAAUGUUGCAAUGGAGAACUCAACAGAAAUGAAAGAUGUUCUGCAAAUCGCAGCUCAUGCAUUCUUGAGAAUGAAGGAAAUUGGUAAAAAGCCAGUUUGUCACUUUGUUCACCAGAAUGUUGCUGGAGUUUCUGCUCAUGAAAAGACGAUGACGGAAAGAAAAUAUCUCUUGGACCAACUAAAUGAAAUGACACAAAUUGCUGCCGAAAUGGAGAACCAGUCGUCUAUAAAGGCAUUCACAGAUGUUCUGGAUUAUGACAUACAUAAAAACAACUGGAACAUCCCAGGACUCUGGCUUGGGACCCCACCAAUGGCACCAGUCAACACAGGCUACAGUGAAGCUGUAGCAGAUUUCAAGAAAAAUCUCUUGGAGACAGUGAAAGGUGACAGAAGUGAUAAACUUUCACGGAUCCCAGAGUUUCUAGAAUGGAUGAGAAGUCUCUGGAAAGCAGUCAAAUAUGAAAACUUCAUCUUCAGUUUCAGAAACACUCUUGCAGCUCAUGCCUACGACAACCUUUGCAAAGAGUUCAAUCAGUGGGAAUGGGAGUUCAGAAAAGAGAUCUUCUCUUGGCAAAAAGAAGCCGAGUUGGAAAUCUUAAACGCUGACAAAUCUGAACUCCAUUAUGUGAAUGAAUUUGCUGAAACAAAAAAAAAACAGGCAUUGGAAAAAAUAGUGCAACAACAAAAAAUAAUGAAGCAGAAACUCGAGGAAUACUAUAAAAGGAAAGACAGACAUGUGCACCUGAUUGAAAAAUACAAAACUGAAUUUUUCAACAACAUCACAGGUCUUGAAAAUGAAAUCCAACAUUCAGUGAAAAAUACAUUGGAUUGUGCAAUUGAGCUAAAACAAAGUUUAAAACAGGUUCAGGACAUCCAAAGAAAACACAGAGAACUGAUUGAAGACCAAGUAAUGAAAUUAUUAAAUAACUGCAAACACCACACACUGUCUGAUGAGGAACUGACACAUGAGUUUGAAAAGAUGUGGACUCAAGUCACAGCCAAUGUGUCCGGCCUGAAAGAACAAGAUAUAUCUGCGAGAAUCCUCAACCAGUUGAGCAAAAACUUCCUUAAUCAUAAUGUCAAUGAGGAAUUACAGAACAUUAAAGACCUAAAACGUUUUGGGAAGGGUGAAUUUGAGGUCAAAGCAGAACACGUAAAAAGGGGAAAAGUUAAUGCUGUCAUGAACUUUAUUGGCAAGCAUGUGUGGUGGAGUACAGAGACAACGAGAGAACUGCAGAUCUUUGCCAACAAUGUCAUUGACUCUUGCACAAGGUUUGUAGAAGAUAUUGCAAAAACAGAUGCAGAUUACAAUGAUUGUUUUACAAAUGAGCUUCUGGAAAAAGUAAGUGAAUUCCUAAAAAAACGCAGCAAUCUGUUUAAUCCCAAGUUUGAGUUUGACCUGAAACUUCACAUGUGUGGCAUUGCCUCAAGGGAGUUCCUUCGCAUGCACAGAAAAUUCUCGGCAAAAAUGGACCCCAAAGUUCAGCUGGAGAGUUUCAAGCCUCAGUACUUGUUAGACUUCCUUGAUCUAUUCAAACAGAGGGAUGACUGUCAACGCAAAGCCCCUAAUUUUGUCAAACUUUGUAUCAGACCAGCUGUUGAACAGUACAUCAGUACAUCUCUGGGAUUAGACAUUGUGGAUGAAAUUUUGACAGGUUCCCAUUCAGCAGAGUACAGCACCCGCUCCCUUUUUCAGUACAACAUUCAGAAAGAGUUGCUGCUAAAGGAGGACUUCGAGAGUUUUGUCAAGUACAUCCGUAAAUAUGAAAUAUACGUCAAGGACUGGAUAUUUCAGCACAUCGUGCAAAAAAUGUCAGAAGACAAAACUCUGAGCAAACUGAAGAACAAGACUCUGCAGGUCAUAGUUCAGAAAAUAACAGAAGCAACAAAAAAGGCCUCAAAAGGAGAGGAUGGUGUUCAGCUGCCAGAUAACCAGGAAAACAUCACAGUGCUCAUUAAUAACAUGCGCAAAUAUUUAAUCAAAGAUAUCUCAAUUUCAGAGGAAGCUGAAAAAACCACCCUGUUUAAAAUCCAGAGCACAUGCCACCCAUUUACAAAGUGCCUCAUUAAAUCAUUGAGUGACCUGAAUGAACAGCUGCAGAAGGAAUUCUCAAACUCUGACAACAUCACUGAGACUCUGAACAAACUUCCACUUAAACCACAAGAUGAGCUUUUCAAGCGGGUGUUUGGCUGUGGACUACAAUGUCCAUUUUGUAAAGUUCCUUGUGAGGCUGGAGGCAAAGAACACACGAAACAUCAUGCAGCUGUUCAUCGGCCACAAGGUCUAGGUAUGUAUAGCAAUGAAGACACUGAGAAGCUGGUUGAAACACUGUGUACAACAGAUGUGCACAGUGAACAAAAAUUCAAAAACACAGACACUAAAUGGGAGUGGCAUCCUUACAAGGAGUACACCACGUAUUAUCCAGACUGGCACAUUCCUCCUGACUCCUCCAUAGAGGCAUCUGACUACUGGAAGUACGUCCUGGUUAAAUACAAUGACAGAUUUGCUCAAGAGUACAAAGCCAAGCCAGCAGAUGUUCCAGAGGCCUGGAGGAGAAUCACAAAGGAGCAAGCACUGAAAGGACUAAAAGAUGCUUUCAACAUAAAGUGAACAGUGUAGAAGGCAGACUGAGACCUUCAAACAAAUGUUUAACCGUUCAAAUACUUAAAUGUACUUUGGAGAAGAGCAAAAAAGUUAUGAGGACUGAAAAUGUGGCUAAGAAUCACAUUAAAGACCGAACAAUAAUGUUUAAAAAACAACUCAACUCUGCUGAACCAUCAUUUUUACUUCAGAAAUCAUAUAUUUUCUGAUUCAGAGUAAUGACAAAAGACUGAAAUAUUUUGGAACCAAGAUUUUAUGUUUUAUUUUGUGCAAGUUGCAGAAUUUGAGAACUUGGUCACUGAUUUUAAUAUAAUUCUGAAUAUUUUCUACAUUGUACUGUUUAGUUUUUUGUGAAAAUUACAAUUGUUCUGUUUUCACUGAACAAUUUCAUAAAGGUCGUCCUGCAUGAGGUCUGAUGUGGACAAAAAUGAUGUUGACAACAAUCAUGAAAAAUAAAAUACUGAUGUUCUACAUAGAUGAUUUUUAAUUUUUUUUUAAAAGUUUUUUCUUUGGGAAGUGCUAAGAUUUUAACUAGUGCGCACAAUUAUGAUGCUGAAAAUGAAAAUGAUAAUGAUGCACUUCAAAGAUCACAUGGAACAAGACGUCAUGUUAUAUUUAUCAUCAUUUUGGUUUUCUGUUUUUAUUUUUCUUUGUUGAGAUUUUAUAUAACUGCAUAAAUAAUUGGUGUGCACGAUGAUGAUGAUGAUGAUGAUUCACUACAAAGACCAUGUGGAAUGAGAUGUUUUGUUAGGGAUAUGUCAGCAUGAUUGAUUCACAGACUUUUAAUGUCAUUCAGAUUUCUGCUGUUUACUUGCAACGAAAGAGAAAUAUUUCCUUUACAUUUUAUACCAGUCAGUAGUACGAGUGCAUACAGUAUUACUUUUGGCAUUGACUUUCUUGUUUUUUACUUUUAAAUACUUACCUUUUUGUUCUUGUUUUAUCAUUUUGAAAUAUUUUUCAAAUGAAUAUCCUGACUAGUGUGCACAUUCCUCAACGUGUUUUGUAAAGCAGAACCUGAAAACGUAAAUAAAAAGUAAACAAACCAGCAGUAGAGAUUUAUCCAUGUUGAUGCCAAUUACUUUUUGUUUCAUGUGCAUUUUGUAUGGCAUCCUUAUUGUAAAUGAUUAACUGAUGAUUUUCAUCAUAUUAGAGGGAUGAUGAUGAUGAUGAUGAUGUGUUGUACAAGUAACAAAGAAGUUAAAAGCUGGAAAUAUUUUUGUUUUGUUUUAAUGUGUUUUUAUUAUUUUUCAUUGUGUUUUCUUGUUUUGAUGAUUACAACAUGUUUUCAGUUCUGUGCAUUAUGGCUAAAAAUAAUGGUGAUGAUGAUGAUGAUGAUGAUGAUGAUGAUGAUGAUGAAGUACAAAGGCCAUGUGAAACAGAUGUUUUUGGUUAUAUCAUGACUAUUCUUUCAUAUUUUUACUUUUAUUUUUACUAGUUAAAAGCAAAAUAUUUGGACGUCCUGAUGUGUGUUUGAUAUAUAAAUGUUGAUGUAACUGCUCAUGUUUAAAUACGGUCUAAACAAGCCGACAGCAGGAGAUGCUGUGGAAUCCUUUCAUCAGUUGAUCGUGCUGAAUUUCUGACUUGCAGCGACAAGCAGCGAGGAUGUUGAAAAGCUUUUAGCUAUUUCAUAUUUGUUAAUAUGUUAUUUCAUUUUUUUUAUUAUUGGUGAGAAAUGUUUAUUUUUCCCUAUUUUCAAGUUGAUUAACAGUUCAGUCAUGUGAACACUGGAGAGGGAUAAUUGUGGUAUGUAUUAAAAGAUGGUGUGACAAAGUUUUGAAAUAAAUAUAGUACAAAGGCAAA